AUGUCUGACUCGGUAAUUCUUCGCAGUGUGAAGAAAUUUGGAGAGGAGAAUCAUGCUUUUGAAUCAGAUGGAUCGAAUAACAAUGAUAAGAAACCAAGGUCACAAGAGAAAAAGAAAGGUGAAGAGUUUCAAGUUGGCUUCUUUGAACUGUUUCGAUUUUCUUCAUCAACUGACAAUUGGCUGAUGUUUGUGGGAAGUCUGUGUGCAAUGCUCCAUGGAAUGGCCCAGCCAGGCAUCCUUAUUAUUUUUGGUAUAAUGAUAGAUAUUUUUAUUGAGUAUGACAUUGAAAGACAAGAACUCGCGAUUCCAGGAAAAGCGUGUAUAAAUAACACCAUCGUGUGGAUCAACAACUCCUUCAACCAGAACGUGACAAACGGAACACCAUGUGGGUUGUUGGACAUCGAAGGUGAAAUAAUGACCUAUUCGGGCAUCUACGCAGGAAUCGGUGCGAUUGUCCUUAUCCUAGGAUACAUUCAAAUAAAAUUCUGGGUCAUCGCUGGGGCUCGUCAAACAAGGAAAAUGAGGAAAAUUUACUUUCAGAGGAUAAUGAGAAUGGAAAUUGGGUGGUUUGACUGCACUUCAGUGGGAGAGCUGAAUUCAAGAUUCUCUGAUGAUAUUAAUAAAAUCAACGAAGCCAUUGCCGACCAGAUGGCCCUUUUCAUUCAGCGCAUGAUGACAGCCCUCUCUGGGUUCGUGAUAGGGUUCUACAGAGGCUGGAAACUGACCUUGGUUAUUAUUUCUGUCAGUCCUCUCAUUGGGAUUGGAGCAGCCAUCAUAGGGCUGAGUGUGGCCAAAUUCACAGAGUUUGAGUUGAAGGCUUACGCCAAAGCAGGAUCUGUUGCCGAGGAAGUCAUUUCAUCGAUGCGAACAGUGGCUGCUUUUGGUGGUGAGAAUAAAGAGAUUGAAAGGUAUGAGAAAAAUCUUGUGUACGCCCAGCGCUGGGGAAUUAGGAAAGGAAUGGUGAUGGGAUUCUUUACGGGGUACAUGUGGUGCCUCAUUUUCCUUUGUUACGCGCUGGCCUUCUGGUACGGCUCCUCGCUAGUCCUAGAUGAAGAAGAGUAUACACCAGGGACACUGGUCCAGAUUUUCCUCUGUGUCAUAGUAGCAGCUAUGAACUUCGGCCACGCGUCUUCUUCCUUGGAAGUCUUUGCCACUGGGCGGUCAGCAGCUUCCAGUAUCUUCCAAACAAUAGACAGGCAACCCGUCAUUGACUGCAUGUCAGAAGAUGGAUACAAGCUGGAUCGAAUCAAGGGGGAAAUUGAAUUCCAUAAUGUGACCUUCCGGUAUCCUUCUAGACCAGAUGUGAAGAUUUUAAAUAACCUCAACAUGGUCAUUAAACCGGGGGAAAUGACAGCUUUGGUGGGAUCCAGUGGCUCUGGGAAGAGCACAGCCCUACAACUCAUUCAGAGGUUCUACGACCCCUGCGAAGGCAUGGUGACUCUGGAUGGCCAUGACAUUCGCUCUCUGAACACCCGGUGGCUGAGGGAUCAGAUUGGGGUGGUAGAACAGGAGCCGGUUCUGUUCUCUACCACGAUCGCAGAAAAUAUCCGUUAUGGCAGAGAGGAAGCAACGAUGGAAGACAUAGUCCAAGCUGCCAAGGAGGCCAAUGCUUACAACUUCAUUAUGGCCCUGCCACAGCAAUUUGACACCCUUGUUGGAGAAGGAGGAGGCCAUAUGAGUGGUGGCCAGAAACAAAGGGUGGCCAUCGCUCGGGCUCUCAUCCGGAAUCCCAAGAUCCUGCUUUUGGACAUGGCCACCUCAGCGCUGGACAAUGAGAGUGAAGCCAGAGUACAAGGAGCACUGAAUAAGAUUCAACAUGAACACACAAUCGUCUCAGUCGCCCAUCGCCUAUCAACAGUCAGAGCUGCAGACGUGAUCAUUGGUAUGGAACACGGAGCAGCCGUGGAAAGAGGCACCCAUGAAGAAUUGUUAGAAAGGAAAGGUGUCUACUUCAUGCUCGUGACCCUGCAAAGCCAAGGAGAUGAACCCCACAAAGAAAAGGAUGUAAAGGAAAAAGAUGCAACUGAAGGUGGUACACUCGAGAGGACUUUCAUCAGAGGGAGCUAUCGGGAGAGCUUAAGAGCCUCCAUCCGGCAACGUUCCAAGUCUCAACUUUCUCAUCUGACCCACGACCCUCCAUUGGCUGUUGCUGAUCAUAGAUCUACUUAUGACGACAGCAAGGACAAGGACGAAGAGGUUGAACCUGCCCCGGUAAGAAGGAUUCUGAAAUUCAAUGCUCCAGAAUGGCACUACAUGUUGGUGGGAGCCGUGAGCGCGUCUGUGAACGGGGCAGUCACACCCAUCUACUGCUUCAUAUUCAGCCAGAUCCUUGGGAUUUUUUCACUCACCGAUAAAGAAGAACAAAGGUCAGAGAUUUACAACAUGUGUCUGUUUUUUGUCAUCCUGGGCUGUGUAUCCAUUUUCACGCAGUUUCUGCAGGGUUACACUUUUGCCAAAUCUGGGGAGCUCCUUACAAAGAGGCUGCGUAAAUUUGGUUUCAAAGCAAUGUUAGGACAAGACAUUGGCUGGUUUGAUGACCUCAGAAAUAACCCUGGGGUACUGACAACUAGGCUUGCUACAGAUGCCUCCCAAGUUCAGGGGGCUGCUGGCUCUCAAGUUGGGAUGAUGGUCAACUCCUUCACUAACAUCGCAACGGCCAUUCUCAUCGCCUUCAUCUUCAGCUGGAAGCUCAGUCUGCUUGUGCUAUGCUUCUUCCCCUUCUUGGCUUUUUCGGGAGCCCUGCAAACAAAGAUGCUGACAGGAUUCGCAUCUCAAGACAAGCAGGCUCUGGAAAAGGCUGGCCAGAUCACCAGCGAAGCCCUUGGCAACAUCCGCACCGUUGCGGGGAUUGGCGUGGAGAAGAGAUUUAUUAAAGCGUUUGAAGCUGAGCUGGAAACGUCAUACAGAACAGCGGUGAAGAAGGCAGACAUCUAUGGGCUCUGCUUCGCCUUUUCCCAGGCCGUAUCGUAUUUCGCCAGCUCUUCUGCCUACAGAUACGGAGGUUACCUGAUUGCCGAGGAAGGGCUGCACUUCAGCUAUGUUUUCAGGACAGCCUCUUCAGUGAUGAUGAGUGCAACAGCUGUUGGAAGAACCUUCUCUUACACCCCAAGUUUUGCCAAAGCUAAAAUAUCAGCCGCACGCUUUUUUCAGCUGCUAGACCGAAAACCUCCAAUUAAUGUCUACAGCGGAGCAGGUGAAAAGUGGGACAACUUCCAAGGGAAGAUUGAGUUUAUUGACUGCAAAUUUACAUAUCCUUCUCGACCAGAUACCCAAGUUCUGAAUGGUCUCUCGGUGUCUGUGGAUCCAGGGCAGACACUGGCUUUUGUUGGAAGCAGCGGCUGUGGCAAGAGCACCAGCAUUCAGCUAUUGGAGCGGUUCUAUGACCCUGAUCAGGGGAAGGUGAUGAUAGACGGUCAUGACAGCAAAAACGUGAACAUCCAGUUCCUCCGUUCCAACAUUGGAAUUGUUUCCCAGGAGCCAGUGUUGUUCGACUGUAGCAUCCUGGAAAACAUCAAGUAUGGGGACAACACCAGAGACAUCUCCAUGGAAAGAGUCAUAGCUGCCGCAAAGCAGGCUCAGCUGCACGACUUCGUCAUGUCACUCCCGGAGAAAUAUGAAACUAAUGUUGGAAGCCAGGGCUCUCAACUCUCUCGAGGAGAGAAACAACGCAUUGCUAUUGCUCGGGCCAUUGUACGAGAUCCUAAAAUCUUGCUACUAGAUGAAGCCACAUCAGCCCUAGACACAGAAAGUGAGAAGACCGUGCAGAUUGCCCUGGACAAAGCCAGAGAAGGUCGGACCUGUAUUGUCAUUGCCCACCGCUUGUCUACCAUCCAGAACUCAGAUAUCAUUGCUGUCAUGUCCCAAGGGGUGGUGAUUGAAAAGGGGACCCAUGAAGAACUGAUGGCCCAGAAGGGAGCAUACUACAAGCUGGUCAGCACGGGAGCCCCCCUCAGUUGA